AUGUCGACUCUCACCGUCCCGCAGCCAGUGCCCCCCGUGGCUAAUGACUGCGAGCAGCUCCGGAAAGGUUCACUCUAUCUUCUUUGCGCUGCCUCCUCCGAUUCUCUUAUCGCGUGUUUCUUCGGUCGUCGAUGGUCGUGCUCCAUUCUUAGUCUUCAGAUCUGCGAUCUGCUCGGACAUCGCGGUUUGAUCGGAGGAACAAAUGAGAAGCUGAUCAUAUCCAUAUUGGGUCAUAGGAAUGCGGCGCAGAGGAAGCUGAUUCGGCAAACCUAUGCCGAGACUUACGGCGAGGACCUCCUCAAGGCAUUGGACAGAGAACUUACCAAUGAUUUCGAGAGGCUGGUGGUCCUUUGGUCACUUGAUCCGGCUGAACGUGAUGCGUACUUGGCGAAUGAAGCGACGAAAAGAUGGACUUCAAGCAACCAGGUUCUCAUGGAAAUAGCCUGCACGAGGUCUCCGCAGCAGUUGCUUAUGGCAAGACAAGCAUAUCAUGCUCGAUACAAGAAGUCGCUGGAAGAGGACGUCGCUCACCACACAACUGGAGAUUUUCGUAAGUUGAUGGUACCUCUUGUGAGCUCCUACCGUUAUGAUGGAGAUGAGGUGAAUAUGACUUUGGCAAAAGCAGAGGCUAAGAUACUCCACAAGAAGAUCUCAGAGAAGGCUUACAGCCAUGAGGAUCUCAUAAGGAUUUUGGCUACUAGGAGCAAAGCACAAGUCAAUGCUAUGCUGAAUCACUACAAAAAUGAGUUUGGAAAUGAUAUCAACAAGGUGAGUUGGAAUUUCUAUGAACCGGACCUUUCAUGUUCUUUUACUUAUAUGUCUAAAGCUUAUAGCUCCUCAAGGAUGAAGAGUGCCUGGGUAGUGUUCUUUUUGGUUAAUAGUCAUGUUGUUAAGAGGCAACUUCAAGAUGUCUUGUUUCAAAACAUUGAGAUGUGAUAAUAUCGUCCGUUUUCAA